GGGAAUCGGACCCAACCAGUCUUAAUCUGUAUACGAAGAUCCUUUUUUUUUCUCUCUCCUCUUUAGGUCUAGAGGUACGUUGGGUCUGCUCUCUCCUUCCUCUCUCUCUCUUUUUUUUCUCUUUCUCUCCCGUGUCAUCUUCAAGAUCAUGAAGUUCGCCCCGAUCCUGUUGUUUGUCAUAGCGAUUGUUUUCGCUGCCGAGGAGAAGAAGGAAGAAGAACGUCCUAAAACGUUUAGAAGACUCAUUCCAGCAGAUGUUCUUCGCGAUUUUCCCGGUAUGUGCUUUGCUUCAACAAGAUGUGCCACUAUUGAACCAACAAAAUCUUGGGAAUUGACACCAUUUUGUGGUCGUUCUACUUGCGUACCUGCUGAUGACAACUCUGGUCGACUUUUCGAACUUGUCGAAGACUGUGGACCACUUCCAAAAGCUAAUCCGAAAUGCAAACUCUCAGAUAAAACUAAUAAGACCGCUGCAUUCCCUAAUUGCUGUCCCAUUUUCGAAUGUGAAGAAGGAGCAAAACUUGAAUAUCCAGAAAUUCCAACUUUACCACCACCCACGGAAAUUAUAGAAACUGAGAGAACUUCAGAAGAAGUUCCGACAAAAGCUUAAAAAAACAGAUCAUAAUCUUUACAAAUUAAAUUGAAGAAUCGAUUGAAUUGAAUCAGAAAUUAAAGAUUUAUUAUAAUCUGAAAUAAUAAAUUUAAUUAAAAAUACAUAUAUAUUUGUUAAAAAAAAUACAUUUUUGUCAAAAGUAAAAAAAAUUUUACUUCUAAUGAAAAAUAUUGUUUCAUUCAUUAUAUGUUUUACUGAAAUAUAUAAAAUUCUUAUAUUUAUGCGAUGAUACAAAUAUAAAAUUUCAAACUUACAUUAUAUAAAUAAAUAUAUGCAUACUAGUAAAAUCAUCAGUAAUUCGGUAUCUGUUCUAAAAUAUUGAAUUUGUUCAUUUUCCUAGUCCCGGAAACCGAAACUUACUAGAUGCUUUUGUAUGUAAUUCUAUUUUAAACAAUAAUUGUCGCGUAAACUAAUUUUGUUUUUUUUCUCUCUUUUUCAGAAAAUAGAAAAUUCUACAUGUAAUGUAAAAACAUGUGUGACUGUAAUUAUAUGUAAUUAAAUUAAUAUCUAUUUAAUUAAAAAAAA